CGUUUUUCCAUUUGUGUUCACUUCUCUCUCUCUCUCUCUCAAAUCUCUGCUUCCGUCGCACUCGAAGUCCUUCUGUCGCUCUUCUCUUUCUAAAAUCCAUCUAAAAAAAUGUAUAAUGGGUAUUGUUUCUCUCUGCAGGUUACUCGAAGAAGUCUGUGAGGGGUCAAUAGGAGAAGGUGGAUUGCGUUUCAAAGUGCAAAAAAUACAGGGCAUGCAUCUUUAUGCGUUUCCAAUCUUCCAAAAAUCGUGUUCGUGGAGGCGAUUUGAGACGGAUUUGAAGCUCGGCUACAGAGAUUUUAUUCAAUUUGGUGGAUUUGGAAAUUUGUACCAAUUUGGUUUCGAUUGGAAUUUCUGGGCUCAUCUAAUCCAACGUUUCCAGAGCAGCUUCCUUCUCUCUUUUUCUCCAACCAUGGUUGCUGAUCCACAGGGCAUCAAGGUUUUCAGAUUUGAUGGCGUUUGUUUCUGUGCUCAAGCAAAAUCACCGCCACCACCCAACAAACCCAUGAGCUGGAAUUUCAAUUACUGUGCAUGAAGGGAGUUCAGACGAGAACAGUGUUUUCAUGUUCUCCCCAACAUCAACAAGCGCUUUGUUUGUGCUGAGGAAGCACUACUCAACCCUUCUCUACCAUUAUGAACAGGUUCACCUUUUAGGCACAGGGUCCUUUAUCUACCCCCACACAAUCUUCUAUAUUUAAUCUUUUGUAACAUAAUCUUUUAUACCUUUCAAACAUAAUUUUUCAUACGAUUCUUAAUCCCGCAGCAACGCCCGGGUAGCAUUUUCUAGUAAUACCUAAAAUACUAAUAUUUUCCAACAAUAUCUGUGAUAUUCAUAGGUGGUACUUGAAAGCAUGCUAUAUUAUCUUCAAAGGUUAAUUUGGUUUCUUUCUCUGUAACUCUGAGGACCCCUUCAAUGAACCUGGAAUCUAUAAGGGAAGGUUUGGAUACUGAAAGGAUAAAGAGGUGAUGGCUAUUAUUACUUUGGUCAAAAGUUAUUGGAAGUUUAUAUUUGGAGAAACUCAGAAGGCAAUGCGAAGAGCAAAAGCCAUAAAUAUUAGUCUUUAAAGACUCAUGUCCAAGAGUGCAUGUUUAUAUAAGUUUUGGUCUAGGCUUUCAAGUUUUCAACUUUCUACCUGCGCCUGCGUACUGAUUACUGUGUAAGACCCCCUCUCCUCCUCCUCCUCCUCCUCCUCCUCCUCCUCCUCCUCCUUUUUCUACAAAUUGAAUGUCUUAAUAUUAUUGAUCUCAAUCCCUCAUUCUCCCACUAGAGCCAACACUUAUUUAACACAAUACUUAUUGACAUGAAAUCAUACUUGUUUAAUACUAAGUUCUUCAUGGAUAUUAGCUUUUGACUGAAAUUUGUAAUUGUGUGAAUGUUUUAAGUUAUAAAUCGCUUAUUUUGUUAAUACUAAA